GCACUGAGCAUGGCGGUAAAUAUCAAUAAGUAAUCGGUUCUUGAAUUCAAAAGCUGUUAUAUUCCACUUCCUUCUUAAAGUUAUCCAGCAAAAUAUUGUUGUAAAAGUUAAGCAAAAUAAGACCAACAGAAAAACUAAAACAAAAGGCGUUAGGCUAUAAAAUUGAAAUCAAAUUGUAGUGUGCAUAAAGUCACCGUAGCAGUGUUGUUCAAAUUAAGCAACAUUCUUUCUGAUUGGAAAAAUACAUAUCACAAUUCGAUAAAAUUUUCUAACGAGUUGCACUUGUUUGUCUGUGAACGUCAAAUAUUUGGAGUAAGAAGCCAUGCCUAAAGACUACUACAAGAUACUGGGCAUCCAGCGCAAUGCCAAUAAUGGCGAGAUCCGCAAGGCAUAUCAUAAGCAGGCGCUGCGCUACCAUCCGGACAAAAACAAGAGCCCUCAAGCGGAGGAGAUCUUCAAGCAGGUGUCCAAGGCAUACGAGGUCCUUUCGGACAAUAAGAAGCGCAGAUGCUACGAUGACUGCAGAGACCAGGGUACCCGACGCAGUAGCCCGAAUCAAGGUAGCGAUUUCGGCGAUGGAAUGCCAUUUGGUAGCGGUGGCGGUGGCAGUGCCAGUGCCAGUGGCAGUGACAGUGACAGUGGCGGUGGCCAAAACAACUCGCGGGCCAGCUUUGGACGUUUCUUCGACAGCAGGGAAUCGUAUUCCACGGUCUUUGAGGACAGCGACAGCAGUUUCGACAGCGACGAUGACGUCCCAUUGGGUGGAGAAGGGAGCGCGCCUAAACGCCGUUGCGUUUCACCCCAGUCACCCCAGUCGACCAUCGAACAUGAACUAUACGUUUCACUGGAGGGCAUUGCCAAGGGGUGCAAGAGGCGCAUGAAGAUCUCCCGGGCUUCGCCAAGGAACGGCGUCGAUGUGCUACAACAUGACAAGGUUCUCACUGUCAAGAUCCAACCGGGCUGUAAGUCUGGCACCAAGAUCUGCUUUCCCAAGGCGGGCCUUCAGCUGCCCGGCAUUGAGCCCCCCGACGUCGUGUUUGUAAUCCGGGACAAGCCACACCCAAUCUUCCGCCGCGAUGGCAACGAUCUGCUGUACACAGCCGAAAUCUCCCUGAAGGAUGCUCUGUGCGGUGUCCACGUGAUGGUGCCGACGCUUCUUGGCAGCCCGAUGAUACUCAACACCGACGUAGGCGAGGUAAUUAAUCCGAAAUCCGUGCGCAGCAUUCCGGGCUACGGAUUGCCCGAUACCAUGAACAAUUCCCGUCGCGGAGCCAUCGUCGUCAGGUUCUCCAUACAGUUUCCAGACGCCAUAUCCAAAGAACUCGCAUCAUCGCUCGACAAAAUUCUGCCAGCCUAAUAAGUAAUCAAAUAUUCGUAUGGACACCUGGAGAUGUUAUCCGUCUAUAUGAACCGUUGAAGGACCUUGGAUCAACAUACAUACAACAUAAAUCAUCUGAGCUCCACUUGUAAUAACAUUUUACUAUGUGAUUCAAUAAAUAUUUAUAAGCU